AUGGAAAAUUUAAAAGUUCAUUUGUUUGUUAGUAUCUCUUUCUCGGUUUUGUCUCUUGUUGUGGCGGCAAUUCUUUCUCCACCAUUUCACAAAAAUUUAUAUUUUGGUAUAUUACCAAAUGUGCGUGUUCCACCAUCAGAACCGAGUAUAGGACAUAAUAUUUAUCCUUCACCAAACUUUCCUCCCCAUAAUUUAUAUUUUGGUAUAUUACCAAAAGGACCUGUUCCACCAUCCGAACCGAGUAAGGGACAUGAUAUUCAUCCUCCACCAAACAUUCCUCCCCAUAAUUUAAAUUUUGGUAUAUUACCAAAAGGACCUGUUCCACCAUCCGAACCGAGUAAGGGACAUGAUAUUCAUCCUCCGCCAAACAUUCCUCCCCAUAAUUUAAAUUUUGGUAUAUUACCAAAAGGACCUGUUCCACCAUCCGAACCGAGUAAGGGACAUGAUAUUCAUCCUCCGCCAAACUCUCCUCCCCAUAAUUUAUAUCUUGGUAUAUUACCAAAAGGACCUGUUCCACCAUCCGAACCGAGUAAGGGACAUGACAUUCAUCCUCCACCAAAAUCUCCUCCCCAAAAUUUAAAUUUUGAUAUAUUACCAAAUGUACCUGUUCCACCAUCCGAACCGGGUAAGGGACAUAAUAUUCAUCCUCUGCCAAAUUCUCCUCCCCAAAAUUAA